CUCGGGUCCCCAAGCACACGCGGGGAGACCUUUCUUCUUCGAUUCGCCCAAGAUGCUGUCCCCCAUUGCCAUAUCAUGCACCAUCCUCGCCGGGCAGGCCUUGGCGCACUCGCACAUCGCCUACAUCAUCGUCAACGGCCGCAUGUUCCGGGGCUACGACGCCAAGUCGGGUGAUGUCCCCGCCCGGCUCGCCAACCCGCCCGCCCAAGUCGUCGCCUGGUCGGCCCGGAAUCCGGACGACGGCUUCGUCAGCCCGGACAAUUACACCUCGCCCGACAUGAUCUGCCACCGCGACGGGCUGCCCGCCGUUGCGCACGCCCCUGUCAGCCCGGGCGACGCUAUCCACAUCCAGUGGAACGGCUGGCCGCAGUCGCACGUCGGGCCCGCGCUGUCCUACCUCGCGAGGUGCGGCGGUGGCGGCGGGUGCGCCGACGUCGACAAAGGGGACCUUCGCUUCUUCAAGAUCGACAACAGCUCCCCGGUCCUCCUAGGCCCCACGACGGCGGACGGCCGAGGGGGGCCGGCGCCUCCUGGCCGCUGGGUCUCGGACGUGCUGAUCGAGCGCAACAACAGCUGGCAGGUCCGGGUGCCGCGGGGCCUGGCGCCGGGGCCGUACGUGCUGCGCCACGAGCUCAUCGCGCUGCACUACGCGGCCAAGAGCGACGGGGCGCAGAACUAUCCGCAGUGCAUCAACCUGUGGGUCAAGGCGGGCAACGACAGCAGCAGCGGCGGCGGUGCCAAAAGUUGGGGCCCCGGCGCGGUGGGCUACGGACAGGGAGUGUCGCCGACGGCCAUGUACGGGCGAGGCGACGCGGGCAUUCUGAUUGACGUCAACCGGCCGCUGUCGACGUAUAGGAUCCCCGGGCCCACGCUGGUCAGCGGGGCGGAGCCUAUCCCGGCCACGGCGCAGGCCAGCAGCAUGCCUACCGCGUGGGGAACGCCGGUUAGGGUCGUGAGCGGUAGCACGACCGUCGCCCUUCCCGUCCCAGAAACUUUUGUACCGAGGCCAGCGCCUUCAUGAGGCCUCGGCUAAGAAGGGACCUGUUGAGUAGCCAUAUGAUAUUAUAUUAGUAGACCGCUUAGCGACCUUGAUGAUCCU